CGGAUUCGGCCUGUUCCGCUCGCGCCUUCGGUGGCAGUACGUUGCCAGCCUGCUGCGGUGCAGGGAGCUGCGGGGGCUCCCCGUGGUGCUCGCCCAGGGCCACUCUCGGUUCGGGACUUCUUCGGGGCCAGCGGUGGUCGAGACGCACCCGCACCAGUGGCUGGGCCCGCGCUCCGAGCACGUGUGGCAGUGCGACGAGAAUGGCACGUGGCGGUGCAGGGUCUUGCAGGUGUGCACGACGAUCACACACAACGGUGAUUUUGAUGGUUGGACGGUCUACGACAAGGUUGUGCCCAACGGCACCCUCGGGCUCUUUCUUGCACGAGCCCUGCACUGCAACAAUGACGUGAAGGGCGAUUCUGCAAAGUUGGCCGGCAUGAUGGACCUCCUCCUCUGUCAAGGCAUGUGGGUUGCAUCCGUGCGCCUGGCAUUCGUGACUGAGGUUAUGAAGCACGUAGACGAGAUGUUCGGUUGGGAGGCGCCGUCUCGAGAUGCACCUAAUCAUGCCCCACCGCACGGAUCAAUUGCCCACUGGGCAAGCGUGUUCGACGACGUUUUCAGGGAAGCGUUGGAGGCUACCAAAGUCGACUCGCGAAAACCGUCGCAGGAAGGACAGUUUGUGCCCACGCAGGAUAAAGUACAGGCACUAGUUGACGCUCUCGUUGACGUGUUCGAGGCGCCGCCGAACGCAGAGGAGAUGCAGCGUCACGGAGUCACGGGCGUCCACCUCAAGAGGUUUGUGGCGAAGGCUUGCGAGUAUUUCUUCACCAUGGACCUGCUGAGCACCGUGCAGUCAUUCUUCCAGAGGGCGGAAGGCACCUUUGGGGUCUCCGUCUCGUGCACCUUGUGGCCCACGUCCAUUGUGCUCGCCAGCAAGGGCCAGCCGAUCUCCCUCGCGAUCGACCAGACGCGCCCGCUCGUGUUCUGGUCCUCCGAGCCCAGCAGCCUCCUGGUCGGCUGGCCGGUUCCCGACGCGCGAGGGCAGCGGACCCGCGCGGCACGAGCGCGCUUCGACCUCAACGACGCGGCCGGAGAGGCCCUGGAGCUCCGGAUCGUGCAGGGCCGCACCGCGGAGGAGCAAGUGGCCGCGCUGGGGGCCCAGGUGGUCCUCAGCAGGCUCGCGGGUGCGCAGUUCCUGCCGAUGCCGGCGCUCGACGCCGGCAAAGUCAUGGACCACCACCUCCUCGUUCGCGGCGUGGGCCUGGACUCCGCCGCCAGGCCCCUCACGAGGGACGCGCUCGUGGCGCGCUGGGUGCAGCUGCAGAACCCGCCGCCGAGCCGCCGGCUGGGCAACUCGUGGGGGGGCCUGGACCCCGUGGCGCAGGACCUGGGCGACGUGCCCUCCGUGCUGCAGCAGGUGGAGGAUGCGUGGAAGGACAGCGUGUCGCUGAACAGCCAGAGCGGCCGAAAGUUCGGCACGUGCCUCUCGGAGCUGCUGGCGAGGAAACAGCGCGACGGCGGCACCAGCGACAGGAUCGACGUUCUCGUCUUCGGCAUCGAAAACAGUCUCUGGCUUGGACAGCAGUUCGCAGCCGACCUCAAGAAGGUGAUGCCGAUGCUCAACGUCACGGCCUUAAGCUCCAACUGGCUGCUCGGGAUGCUCCAGGAGGGCCACGGGCACCUCGAGCCCAGGAACUUUGCGAUCUCGCGCCUCUCUUUCCGCUUCUCGGAGGGUGCCCUGGUCCUCGCCGUCAGCCACAGCGGGACCACCUACCCGACCGUCUGGGCGGCGCGCGCCCUGCACCGCCGUCACGGCGGACACGUCAGGCUCUUCGCCAUGUCGAGCGUUUUCGACACCGUCGCGGUGGCGGACUCGAUCGGGCACGACCUCACGAAGCUCGAGUUCACGGGCUGCCUCUUCAGCACGAUGGCCGGGCAGCGCCCGUCGGAGCCUUCCACGGUGGCCACGCUCGCCAUGCACCACACGCUCUCGUGGCUGCUCUGCGUGUCCGCCGAGGUCGUGUCGGCAGCCUUCCCGCAGGGCACGAUCACCUCGGGCGCCAGGGCGGCGGAGGCAGGCCGCGGCAGGAGGCCGACCAGGCCCUGGAUGGGGACGUGGGUGGACACGACAAAGGGCUUCUUCCACGGCGACGCCAUCAGCAUCGGGGAGAGCUCGUGGCGGCUGGAGGGCUCCGGGGACCACGUCCACAGCAGGUCCGUGUUCGCCGUCGGGCGGUCCUCGGAGGAGGGGGUGCAGCUGAUCGAAUCGUUCCCGGACGGGUCGGAGCACGUGUUUAAUGUCUCCUGCGAGGGGGAGCGCUUGAGGGUCGUGCUCGCGGGCGCCCGGGCCAGCCCGGAGGUGGGCGCUGGCCCUGUCGGCGGCAGGUCGCUCGCGCUCCAGGACGAGCCGGGCGAGCCGCAGGAGUGGGUCCUGCACAGCGUCACCAAGGUGGCCCUGCCAGCCCUCACGCUCAGGGCCUCGGACGUGCGCGACAUGCCGCACCUGCUGCAGUGCCUGCUGCCCGCGGCGGAGGAGCUGUGCGGCGCGAGCCGGGCGGGAUUGGUGGCGGAGAGGCCCUCGGAGCUGCGGUCGAGCGUCUUGCUCGUCGGCCGGUACCUGGCGUCCCACCUGAUGGAGGCACGGUGGUGGAUUCCUUGUUGCUUUCUGCAGUGUACGUUUACAUCACGGUGA